AUGGCGACCGACGACGCGCCCGCCCACCUCGGUCCCGACGACGACGACGAUGGCGCCAACUCAGACGAGAGCCGCGACCCGCUCGAGGAGAGCGGCUGCACCCACGAUGGCAGCGACGAGGAAGAGGUCGUCGAGGAGUCGGUCGCCGAAGACAUGGACCGAUUCGAGGAGUCAUUUGAGGGCAUCACCAAGCGCUACCGUCUCAUCAAUCGCAUCGGCGAAGGAACCUUUUCCACCGUCUACAAGGCCGAGGACCUGCAGUACGACCUGUACCGGAACGAUUGGGACGUUGAGGCAAAGGAGCACCCGGAGCGGGACUCGCGCCGCAAUGGCAGACGCAAGGCCCGCUACGUCGCCAUCAAAAAAAUCUACGUGACCAGCAGCCCGCUACGCAUCCUCAACGAGCUCGAACUCCUGCACGACCUACGCGACUCGGACUCGGUCUGCCCGCUGAUCACGGCGUUCCGCCAUCAGGACCAGGUGGUCGCCAUCCUGCCAUACUUCCAGCACCGCGACUUUAGGGAUUACUAUCGCGACAUGAAGGUGCACGACAUGCGCCUGUACUUCCGCAGCCUGUUCACCGCCCUCAAGGCCGUCCACGAGCACCGCAUCCUGCACCGUGACAUCAAGCCGACCAACUUUCUAUACGCUCCGGAGCACGCCCGCGGCGUCCUUGUCGAUUUCGGCCUUGCGGAGCGUGAGGGCACCGAUUGGCAUCUCUGCACCUGCCAACUACGCCCCAACGAGCGCCAGCACAAGAUAGAGCAUAGCGUGUACGCGAACACCAUCGCAUCGAAUCCCAACCACGCGCCCGCGUUUCCCAAGAGUGACUCGCGCCCCAGCAGGCGCGCCAACCGUGCCGGCACCCGUGGGUUCCGCGCUCCCGAGGUUCUGCUCAAGUGCACUGCCCAGACCACUUCCAUCGACAUGUGGAGUGCUGGCGUCAUCUUGCUGACCCUGCUCUCGCGCCGCUUCCCAUUCUUCCACAGUGCCGACGACAUUGACGCUCUGCUCGAGCUCACGGCCAUUUUCGGCAAGGCUCGCAUGCGUGAGGCCGCUCUGCUGCACGGCCAAGUGUUCGAGACCAACAUCCCGAGCUACAGCGAAGCCGGCCACGGCUUCGAGAAGAUCAUUCUGUGGUGCACGAACCGAAACCAGAAGGACGAGAAUGGGAGGCGCAUCGGCCUAUCGAGUGAGGAGAGGGAGGCGAUAGACUUUCUGCACCGAUGCCUAGAGUGCGAUCCCAACAAGAGGAUCACGGCCGAGGAGGCAUUGCAGCACCCUUUCAUCCUUCAGUUAGACGAGGUCGAGCACGACGAUGCCGAGGAGGACGACGUGGACCUGGUGAGCUCUCAGUAG